CGGGACGUCGCAGCGCCCCUGAGGGGCCACCUUCUAUAGCCCUGCGUCCCCCACCGCGACUCCCACCUCGGCCCCAAGUUCACUUUCAGCCUUCAGAGGCCCCGUGGCCGCCUCACCGUGCUACCCCGGCUCACCAUGCGAGCAAAAACACAUCCCGAGCCCUACGGUCGUGGGGCUUAAACUACGCUGGGGCGACAGGCCAGUGGACUUUGGCCGGUGCCGUGAGUGCUCUGAGGACCGGCCCACGGAGCUGACGCCAAGUAAGGGAGGCCUCUGGUCUGGUCCUUGGGCCCCAGAGGCUCGCCUAGGGAAACGAUAUUUGAGCUGAGCCUUGAGGGACUACGGGAGAAGCAAGUGGGUCUGAUGAGGUCGGUGGAUCCCCUCAACACCUGAGAAGCUCUUUGAGGUCAAGGAUCCACCAAAGAGUUCUGCACUGUGCUUUGCUGAGAUAAGCACUGGGUUUUCAGUGAAACUGGAUUGGAUUCAAAUCUCACCUCUGCCUUCUGUGAAUCUGUGACCUGAGGAACUACCUAGGUCAUACAGUGAUAGACUCCAGAGAGCUGUCUCCCCCUCCCUCUUCCUGCCAUACGAGGGCGCAAGGAGAAGUCAGCAGUCUACAACCCGGAAGAGACCCCUCACCAGAAUCUGACCAUGUGGGCACCCUGAUAUUGGACUUUCAGCCUCCGAAACUGUGGGAAGUAAAAUUCUGUUGUGGAUCUCUGGUGACUCGAUUGAAGUCCUCCCUGCCCCCCGAAACCUGCAGAGUACAGAGCUUUUGGAAUAUACACCACCCUGAUAUCAAAGGAAGGAGCCCUGUUGGAGGAAUUGACAUUUCCCCUCUCAUCUCUGGGUUAAUGGAAAGACCUGUAUUCAAAGAGAAUGGCAAUGGUCUCUGCGAUGCCCUGGGUCCUGUAUUUGUGGAUAAGUGCUUGUGCGAUGCUGCUCUGCCAUGGAUCCCUUCAGCACACUUUCCAGCACCAUCACCUGCGCAGACCAGAAGGAGGGACAUGUGAAGUGAUCGCUGCGCACAGAUGUUGUAAUAAGAACCGCAUUGAGGAGCGAUCGCAAACAGUCAAGUGUUCCUGUCUACCUGGGAAAGUGGCUGGAACGACAAGAAACCGACCUUCCUGUGUCGAUGCCUCCAUAGUGAUUGGGAAAUGGUGGUGUGAGAUGGAACCUUGUCUAGAAGGAGAAGAGUGUAAGACACUCCCUGAUAAUUCCGGAUGGAUGUGUGCUACAGGCAAUAAAAUCAAGACCACAAGAAUUCACCCAAGAACCUAACGGAAGCAUUUGUUAUAGUAAUAAAGGAAAACCUACUCUGUGGAAAAUACAUUUUAAGAAUUUAAAACAUCUUAUACAUUAGAAGCCAAAUGGAUUUCUUAUUUGCACUUUGACUGAUUACCAGAUAAUCACAGUGCUUUUACUGUGUGUCACGAAGUCUCCUAGAGUGAGAAGACCCGGAGUUUUGGGCAACACCAUGGAAAGUGGGUUAAGGAAAAAAAGGGUUUUCUCAAUGCAAAUUUUUGGGAUCACAAAGAAAGAUCAACUGUCUUCUAAUUUGGAUCUAUAGUUCCUUUGUACCAUUUGAAAUAUAUGUAUAUAUAUAAUAUUUUGAAAUAUUAUAUAUUCUCUUCAAAAAAUGAACUGUACCACAGUUUGAGGCGGCUGGUGUACCUCUUUGAGUUUUGGAUGUUUUGUUUUGUUUUGUUGUCAUUUCUUUUUCUAUCGGCAAGGAAAUCACGUGCCCUUUUGAGAGGUCGGCAUGGCACUCACACUGGAAGGCCAGCUACAGGUGGACUCCUGGAAUCUGAGAGAUCAGAACGAUACUGAGUCAAAAGCUUCCUUCUCUUUCUACUAGAUGGCCCAAGGAAGCACAUCGUCCUGUUUUAUUGUUUUCUACCCUGUGCAAUGUUAGCAUGCAAGCUUGGCUUACAUAACCAUACUUUAUAUUCAACUGGUAUAUAAUAACCGUUCUAACCUCUUCCAGGAAAAUAUUUUUAGAACUACUAGCUUUUCCACAGAUAAGAAAAAUAAGGAUUCUUGAGGGAGCCGCUCCACCAUGCUAUUAAGACUCUGGCAGAGUGAUGGUCAUAUGUGGAUCCCUGUAUUAAGUUCUGUAAAUACAAUGUCUUAAGGCUUUGUAUAGCUGUCCUAGACUGAAGAAAUGUCCUCUGAUUAAAUCCAAAGUCUGACAUCAUUAAUCACAUAGUGCUGUAGCAACAGGUCUUAUCACAGCACAUCUUUCUAUAUUUGAUUUGCUUUUUCCAAGAGUGUUCAGAUAUCUUCUGGUGAGAUGGGAAGACCAUUAAAGAAAUUAGAUUUCAGAAUGACCCUUGUGACCAAAUGUUGGACAGCCCUAUUAAAGUGGUAAAUAACUGCUUUCUAAAUCUACUUGUCCUCUUCAUUUGCCAUUUACUUUUCCUCAGUCUGCUUUAGCCAAAUCCAGAGAACACCCGCUUAGCGACACAUAAGUCCACCGGAAUUUUUUGCGUGACAUCAUUGCUGCCAUCAUAACCAAUAUUUCCAACUCUAAUAGUUUGAAAACUAGAAAUUCAUUAUUACAAGUUCAGUGUUCUCAGCCAGCAAGAUGAACUGUCAAACCCUAUUAUUGGGCUUCUAUAGUGAUCACUUGGAUGACACCCCCCAAAAGAUCAAUUUGUGUCCAUCUUCUUUUUUUGAGAGUUACUCAGCUGAUACUUAUAAGAAGGAAAUAUCUACUUAAAUUCUAGUUUACCUGGUAGAGCAUAAUAGUACUAUAAAUUCCUGUUACUUACCCUAUCAUAUUGCAAGUGUAUUUUUUUUCUCCAAAGUCUUUUCUCCAGAAUACAUGUUAUUAGGGGCUGUUACUAGAUCAGCAGCACAGUGGGUCUCCUAGUGUGGAAUUUUUAAGUUAAAUUUUGGGUAAAAUCCAGAGGCUCCUUCAUCUCUACCAAUAUACCUUGAAGUCUGAUUGAAUAUAUAAACACUCUAACCAGGUGGAUUUGUUCUGCAUCUUGAAUGCCUAUAAAAGCAUCCAAAAAUGGAAAUGGAAUCCUCAUUGCAAAAUCUGAGCUUCCUAAAUACUUUCACAAAUAUUUUCCAGAAGGUAGCAUAAAAUUCAUACCAACAAAUCAGAAUUCCUUUAAUUUUAUGGUCCAUAACCGUGUACCAAGUGAUAUAUUAGAAAUUGAUUUUCAUCUGUAAGUUUUGGAGUGAAAACUGAAAUCAUAAACCCAAAGAAUUAUCUAGAACAGUACAUCCCAAGAUGUGGAGGAAGAAACAUCUAUAAUCCAAUAUAUUGGGGAAAUUUUUUUCAACAAAAUAAAUAGAAAUAUUUACUGAGGGAUUCUCAGAGCCUUUAAUACACCAAAAGACACUGUGUGUCUUCAAGAAAGACUGAAACAAGGGGAGCCAAGUAAAAGGCUUCCAGAAUCCAGGCAUGUUGGUUGGUCCUUGACUAAUGGAGAGCUCGUUCCCUGACUAAUGGGAAGCUGCAAGAAAUUAUGUCUGUGUGAGGAUAUGUUCACUGCGUUGUCAUGUCUUCAGUUUUUCUAGAGAACCAGAAGUCUGGAUUCUACAUAAAAUCUAAAAUUCUUAAAUAAGAUGAACCAAAAUGAGAUUACUUCCAUUAAAAAAAUUCUGCAAGCGUUAUUAUUGCCCAAAAUGUCCUGACCAUGUGGCCUUUUCUAUGAGAUUAGUGUUUUCUGGAAUACUCUUUGAAAAGUGUUGGUCCUGAAUAAAAAUCCAAUGAGAAGCAAAAGGGAUAUUCUGUUUUCUGUGGCCUCACACAUACAGACCAUUCUCAUGAUUCACCAUACGUGGGGGUCACAGCUUUUUCUGUUCUGUAACCUGAGCCUGUAAAUCAAUGAAGGAGCUGGUCUAGAGGUUCAAGUCUGUUAGUUCAUCUCCUGCUGGUCGCUUAAUGCAGUAGCUUCCCUGGGAAAGACCUGGAAGAAGAGAGAAGGGGGAAAAAACCCACCACGUCAGAAUCAAGCAACCAUCCAAGAAAACAGUACAAAUAUUUGUAAAUGUCAUCAAAUUCAGUUUCAGUUUAUCCAAGUCCCUUACCCAAAUGUAUGAACCAUCAACUUGUGUUUAAAUUUAACUUGUGCCGGUUUGGGGAAUUUUCAGUAGCUACCAUCUGCCUAUUGAAUCUGAUUGUAUAUGGUUUAAAAACUUAUAUCACGUAUUUCUGGUUAAUAAAGAGCUCAGUGUGGUA